UCAUUACUCUCGGUGUGCAGCUACAGUCCGCAGCGCAAUCGAGCAUCCGUGUGGUCCGUACACACUUUAGGUUCUCCCCUCCUUGUAACAGGUUCAGAACAGGAAGGUGUUUCCUAACGUUGUGGAAAAAAAGUGAGUUCCUCAUCCUCAUCAGCACGGGCUGUAGGCCUGAUAGCCUGUUUUCUUCCCUACAACGGGUGUCUGCUUUCCGUCUAGUCCGUAGUGCAAAUCGAUCGGGGCCCCUACUUGACAGCUUCCAUUUCUGCGCCUUUGCGUGAGUGCGUGCGAUCCCUUCCGGUUUUAGUGAUCGAGCCGCAGUGUGACAGUGUUUUUUUGUGUCCGUUCGUGUGUGUGUGUGUGUAUGUGUCCUUUGAAGGUGUGAGUGUAGGUGUGCGUUUGUGUUUGAAGUGUUCAGCGGGUCUCACCUAUCCUAUUUCCCAAAACGUCUCUCUCUCACAAAGAUUCCUACACCCAUUUGGCCCAUCUUUAGGCCAGCUGUUCGGAACCGUACCGGAGAAGUCGUGCAGUAGUUGAGUCGCAAAUGGGAAAAUGUGUGGCCCACUGAAUCGUACCCCGGUGUACACCCGUUUCGGUGUCUGAUUGACGAUUUUGGAACAACCGACCGACCGACCGACCGACCGACCAACCAAUCGAGACCGAACCGAGAGUCACCCGAGUUGCCGCAGGAAAAUCGAUACGGAUCCGAAGUGUGAACCGUGUCCAAACCAUCGACCAGGCAGGAAACGGCGGUACUACAAACGUCCAGCAAAGAAAAAAGAAGUAAAACGUAAAACCGAGCCAAAGGCUUUUGGCAGCCUUUACGACUCCCGAUCCCUGCCACCUUGGAGUCGAGCACUCGAUUAGGCUGUGUUUGGGUUACAUGCGAACCAAAGUAAAUUAGACGACGACAACGACGACGACGACGACGACGACGGUGGUCAAAAGUGAAGUGAUCCAAACGUGUGCAGUGAAGGGUGCUUUCGCGUCUUCACUCCCAUUCUCACUACUUUCUCCGUAUCAGUGAAAUCCGACGGUGGAAAGCAAUACUCAAUUCCCGGCUUUGCCACGUUUCGUUUGUUUACCGCUAUCCGCUACGUGCUAGCCGUUGGGUUUACCCGGCAGGGACCAACGUACAGUUUUAAUACUCCUUCUGUGUCUCUACGGUCAUCCAGCAAACACCCGGCUUCAUGAUCGGCUCAUUUUGGAACCUUUGUAGAGCGUGCCCAUCAAUGCCUGUAGAUAAGCUCCAUUCGGAAUAUAGAAGUACGUAUCGAUGGCACGAAUAUACCGGCGGUCCCGAUGUCGUAAGAAAACCACCUGUGCCAAAUCAAUUCGCAGCCAGCUCGAAGGCGGAUCACUUUUUCUCGAAAUCAACGGAGGAUGAAAAGUUUAUCGAAGCCUCGAUCAACGAGCCGCCCUUGCCGAGAAGGAAAAAGUGCCCCGAGCUAGCGUAUCGAACGAACGAGUUUUUGGCAGCACGGGUCAAAUCUGAAGCUAUCGGGCAUGAUCGUACCGAUGCUGGAGCAACGACUCACACUAGAGCAAGGUCUGAAGAGCGUGGAACACCGUCGCGCCGCAGUAAAUCGGAAGGACCGCCGGCUGGUGUCGCUAACGGAAGGCUACCAACCGGGACCGGAUAUGCGAACGGAACGAUCGAGCCGCCGCCGGUUUCGAACGCGGGCCGGGCACUGGAACAGGCGGGUGAGUCUUCUACUAGUGGACUAUUCAAAAAAACCAUUACCAAACUGAGCACGGAGUAUCGGCUCCAGUUCGUGUGGCCACACGUGCGGCGUGCGAUCAAGGGCGGCCCCGGGGCUGGUGCGCACGGCGCUGGCGACGGUGACGGUGCGGACACUAUCGAUGCACCCCCGCGCAAGUCCCUCUCCAUGGGUGCACUGAAGGCGGCCCAGAUCGGAGCCGCCGCCGGUGGCGGCACCAUCGCUUCCGUACACAAAAAACGAACGACUAACGAGCGAGAAGCCACGGCCACGGAACUCGAACCACUGGUCAACGAUUGUGAACCGUCGAUGGAAAAAUCGUCGCAGCAGCCGAAUGAAAAACGAGGCGAGAUGGCACGUGUUGUGGAGCAAAAAAUAAAGGCACUGCGCGUGGAGAAGGAAAAGUUUGGUUUCGAGCCGGAGGCAAAUGAUGCAUCACGGGCACAGGCAAGCUCCGGUAUUGACAAUGCCUGGUACAAGGAGGUGCUGGAGCUGCGGAAGAAGGCGGGCGAGUACCGGAACCGGGGCUGGGGAGUGGAAAUGAAUCCCGAUCUCUUUAACAAGCAGGUUGAGCUGUGGGACCAAGUGUCCCGCCGCAGUUCGCUGAGUGCACUUUCGUUGGCAUCAAGCGUACGGCCAAUUACGAAAGAGGAAAAGGAGAAGGAAAAUAACAAGAAAAGCUCUCCAACGAAACCGUUUGCACGGGGUGCACGGGUACCGGGUGGUGCUCGACCGGUAGAAAUUAGUAAGGCACCACUGCCGGAUGGGUUGAACUUCUCGGCCGCUGCCCGUAGCCGCAAGGAUGCUAUUCGUCAUCAUCUGGAGCGUACGACUGGUCCGGAUGUCGAGGAGGGUGCGCUGUUACCUUCACCAACACGCGAAAAGCUAAUGCCGGCAAUACCACGCUCGAAGGCAGACAGUCCACAGCGUGGCAGUCCUCAGAAGACGGCACUGUCACGCCACGGUAGUCCGCAGAAGGGAAGCCCACAGAAGAUUAGCCCGAAGAAAAUGUCCAGCAAGGGACGUUCGCAAUCCGUUGGACCGGCAGUCGCCACCGAUGGUAGCGCACCUGUCGUUACGGGCGGUUCACCGAAGCGUCAGAUCCGUUCCGGCAGCACGGUCGCUGCCUCGACGGCUUCAUCGGCGGCCAAAACGCACAAGAAAACGCCGACCUCGGCAACGGCGCCAACCAUCGCGCAAAACCAGCAGCCACAGCAACCGGAACGAAGACCACGGCCGACAUCCCUUUCCACCACCACCAAUCACUCCCGCUCGAAGAGCAGCACCCUGCCCGCGGGCCGACUCCAUCCUCCGCAUUCCAGUAAUCUCACGAACCUCACCAACAACAAUCAUCUUCCCAAUGCAUCACCAUCAUCAUCCGCCGCGACAAUGGCCGCGUCCAUGAUCGCGUCCAACACCGGCACCCCAGCCGUCGCUAAUACCGCUGCCGCUCGCGCAAAGCUUACGCUCGCGACCGGUACCAGGCGGCAGGGUCGAUCCGUUAAACCGCCGACCAGUUUGGCGAGCGAUUCCUCUGCCCCUUCGUCAGCGUCCAGCACGCUGAGGAAGAAGCAGAGGAUGGUAUCCGAGGGGGGUGUCGGUGGUGCCGGCGGUCGGGGUAGUAGCAGCGCCAGAUCGGUUGAAUCGGACAAAAAAUUACCCAUCGGAAGUGUUGAAGAUGCGGACAAGGAAAGUGCCCCAACGGUGGUUCCAACCAUGGCUCCACCUCCGGAGAUACUGGAGCAGAUCAUCAAAUCACCGCCGGAACCUACGCGGGUUAAGUCACCGGAGCAAAUCAUUAUGCGCUCACCGGAUCCUGUCAACUGGACGGUUCCGUUGGACACCGGGAAAACGUUCACCGUGACGCAGAAUGUACGAGAGGGUGAUCCAAUGAUUCGUCCGCACAGUGAAAUUAAAGCAUCCACUCCAGUAGAACAACCGCCGCCACCACCACAGUCGGCACCACCAGAGCUUUCUGAACAAUCGAAAAUGCCUAAUACGAAACUAGAACCGAGCUCGAUUAAGGAGUCGGAAGAUGAAGACGAUGAUUUGCCACGGUCGAAAUCAUCCGUUGCUUCGUCGGUAAAUCCUACAUCGAUAGCGAUCUCGGAACCGAUGACGGUUGCGCAACCACCACCAUCCUCAUCCCAACUAUCCGCUCAACCAUCGGCCGCACCGUCGACUGUCGGCGAUGCUAAGGAUGAGUUGGCGGGCUCGGGUACGGCACCAACUUCUGCUCCGGAACCGGUGCGCUAUGAUAAACCGGUCGCCGGUUCGACGCUCCGCUGUCUAGAUGAUCCGACAUUUGAGUCGGACAUUAACUCACCGCUAGCGAACCGGAACGUAGCUACGGAGGUGCUCGAUAAGGCACGCGACCGUUUCGAUCGUUUCUGGGGCAACCCGAACGAAAAGCCGGACGAGUCAUAAGCACCGCACCGGAUCGGGUAUUGAUUUUGCUUCUGCUCGUACCUAGCAGGCCGCGUUAGCAUCGAGCAGAUGGUGUUUAGAGUUGAUUUGCUGCUGCCGUGUGAUUGUGAUUGUUUGUGGUGCUGGAGGGAAGGGUCGUCGAAGGGAGUUGACCACACGAAGGUGAAUACAAAAUGCAAUGAGCAUCGAAAACCACUCAAGAUAGGGACGCAGUGGGACGACCUACAAACGGCAGCAGCCGGUUAGAAACACGCAACAGUUGACAGGGUAGUCAGGAAACACUAGUAAAAACAAAUCACUUAUCAAAAACUCUCAGCGUUCUCGUGGACUGUUUCUGUGUGUUUAUGUGCUUUUUCGAACCGGCAACCGAAUUCCCUUCGGUUGUUUCGGUGUUUAGUAUUAGUCGCGCGCGAACCUUUUGGGCAGGUCAGCAUAUAGUAGUAUUGUUAUUUAAUGUAUAGUGGGUAUAGCGAGCCGUGAAUCGAUCCGUGAGGAUGGAGGGUCCAAUUGCGGACGUUCAUUAUUUAGGUUAUUUCAGAGGUGAUUGGUUUUUUUUUUGGGUUUCCGCUUCAUCACCUAUCACAACUCUCAUCACAACUCUCGCACAUUUCUCUAGGCUAGCCAGUCCGUGAUCUUAUAAACCAGCACACCAAGCAGCAUCUCAUACACAUUCAGAUAAACAUUCACUCUCACUAUCUCUCUCAGGGAAGCCGUAAGAGUACGUUGAAGCAGCGUGUUCAGGAGGUUUCUCGUUUGGUGUAGACAGCUGAAGAAAGGACGAAACAUUAAGGGGUGAGAUACGAAUUUCAGGAAAGCAACAUUUAAGCAGCUGCUCCUGAUCUGGUAGACUGAUACAAUUGAAGACCGGUUGGAAGUGAUAUGAGUUUUUGGGUUUAGCGAAUUCCACUAUAAUAUCAAUACAAGCUCGAAACUGCGUUUCAAGUAGGUGAGUCAGCAUGUACUACGUGAUCAUACACAGACACACAGCACAGCAACAAUAAUAGUUGAAGCUAAAUGCCACUUCGGGUGGAAUUUAAUUGCAACCCGUAAGGUAAACAUUGGCGAGCGCGCUUUACUGCUGCUAACGAGCUGGCUAAACAAACAGAAUGCACCUUCGGUGGGAGGGGAGAUAUAUUUUACGCCACCUUCGUCCAACAACGUUCCAUAUAGUAGGGCGGAAAAGGUACAAAGUAAAAUAACAAAAAAAAAAAAAAACAAAAUAAGUCACAGCCAGACACCACAGCAAAACACCAUUAGCUAAAGGGUGACGCCAUUGCACCUCUUAAACACCUACAGUUGACGGAGUGUCCGAUCGAACAAAUCAUCAUCCGUCUGCAGUUUACGAAAAAGGGGAGGGAGGAUGAGAAGCUCGAAAGCGAAUCUUUCGCAAGACAUUUGGUUAAUUUUUUUCCGAUUUGGACAUACUUUGUCGCGCUUUUUCUGGGCCAUAUUUAGAUUGUGUGUCCGAUCGCAUCGGGUUUGCGCUUUGCCGUUUGGCUUAGUGUUCUUGUAGGUCUGUUUAGUAGCCAAAUUAAGGCUAAAAACCAAACAACAAACAUUAAGGUUCUAAAGCAAAGAAAAUGAAUUCCAUUCAAGCGUACAAUGCAGCUACUACAUAACGAGCCAAAAAUAAUAACAAAAAAACUCGACGCUUACAUUUUCGUCGGGAUGGCCCGUCCAUAGUAUUUGGUUUUCUUUUUCUGAAUCACAAUUACAAAACUGCACGCCACGCUAGAUCUAGCUAGGAUGAGAUAGAGAAAUUGCCACAACAAAAAACAGGUUUUGGAAGAGACAUUUUUUGGGAAUACAUACAUACAUCCGCACCAGAAUAUUGCCGUACCGCAUAAAAAAGCAAGAAAUAAACAUAGAACCGAAACAUGCCGUGCCAUCAGCUAGUUUUUUUGUUUGUCCGGGAAGGAGGGGAAAAACGUGUCCAAAAACACGGAAACAUUUGUACGAGAUGAUUCUCUCUGUAGCGAAGCAAUAGAACAAAAAAAAUCUAGCAGCAAACAUUCAAAACAAAACGAAAACAAAUCGAAAAGCCUACAUAGAAACGAACGAAGCAGAUGAUAAAAUACGGGAAAAAUUUCACGUCCGGUUCGAAAAAAACGAAACCUCUGCAAACCUUGAUGAUAGUACGAAUGAGCAGGAAAAUAAAAACGGAAUUACACUAUUUUUGCAGCUCCCAUUUAAAUUUAACCCAGAGCCGACCCAGGGUUUUUGCAUAACUUCAGACUAGUUAAAUUUCAUACCAAAAACUCGUAUCUAAUGUAAGCAUAAGACGAAAAGAAAAUAAUAAUUCACCCAUUUAAUGAAAAAACAAAAAACCGAAAUAGAAAAAUCGAAAUGACAUUUGAACGACGACAAACCGGCGUAAUAUUGACCAGCACCAUUAAAGAAGAAAACAAGUAAAAAGGAAAAACAGAAGUAGAAAACUGAGCGGGCAAUAAUUUUUGUUGUUGCCGCCCCACUUCAAAAAAUGUUUGUAUCGUACGUGCUGAGCUUAGGUAACUUUCACCAAUGCCCAUGGGUAAAUAAAGGUUGCAAGGUUGAGUAAAAUGUUGUUUUUUUUAGGUUGCAUGACGCAAUUGUAAUCGCGACUCAAGUGAAAUGCAAUUAUAAUACAUGAACAAUUAAAAAGCAAGAACAACAAAAAAGAAGAAAAAAAAACGGAUAAACCAAAAACCUACUGAAAAUGUAUCGCAAAAGCUGCAACUAUUAUAUAUACAUAUAUAUGUAAGCUCUCUAUUUAUCCUCCACUGUUGCUAUGUUGCACUACACUUGUGUUUUUGCCCGUUUGUUUGUUUUGUUUUAACCCCCCUACGCAACUAAUCAUUGAACGUGUACGCCACUCUGUAUCAUUGAUAACGAUUUUUCAUUAGCGUACAUCUGUGUUGCUGAGCUUUGUAAUGGUUAAGGCAGUGCGUAAUACCUACGUUAGUGUGUGUUAUAGAUGCGCAAAUGCUUUGUUACUAUGCACGAUCGUUAUAGGGUGCAAAAGAAAAAGAAAAAUGGAGAUGGUAUGAUGGGAAGGAUGGUCACACGGAAGAAUUGAAAGGCUAAAGAGGUGAAUAAUAAAGCAUAAAUGCAAUUUACAUAAACACAUAAACACAAACACAGCCACACACACACACACUAACACGAAAUUGAAAUGUUAGGAAGAAAUGAAUAAGAAACGAAUGUGAUUUUGUGGUGGGAAAUUUAUACGAAAAUUUUAUAAUUGGGAAAGCGCGUUUUUCUGUUUUCUCUUGAAGUGAUAAGUUGCGUUGUAAGAGACUCUGACUGGAGUGUGGCCUGUUAACGGUAGGGUUAACUUCUGUUUUUUGGGCCAGCCAGUUCGAGGGAUGAUGGUGGCCAUCCGCAGUACGGCACGGGGUUGUGGGACGAAGCGUAACAGUACUUUAUGUAUGUGUUUGAUUUUUCAUUUUCUAUACAUAUAUAAAUAUUGCUUCGAUAGGUCGAUCGGGCGAUAGGGUUUACCGUGUUAAAAAAGAAACCGUGUAAUGCAAGUUAUGCAAUGUAACGAAUGAACAAAAAAAAGAAAAACACAACAUAAUAUUGAUUACAACAAAUACUCUCUUUACGAUGCUUAAUGAUUAGAGUGACACGAUACCGUGGGUUAGUGCAACGACAGGGACUGUAGUGAUGUAUCGCGUAUCUGCCGGUGUGGUAUGUUGCAGACACACACAAAACAACAACAAAAAACACGUAACGAAGGAAGGUAACGCGCAAUGGUUUUGGGAACGUUACGGUGGUUCGCACGAUCGUCAAUAGUAUUCUCUCUUGUUUGUUUGUGGAAUGUGAGCAGUAUAGUUACCCGUGAGCAGUAUUCACUGCCUUUUGCAGAGCAAGAUGUGCAGAUCGAAUAAGAAAUUAAAACAAAACAAAAAUCGCUAUUGAUUAUGACACUUACAAUACCACAAUACCACAAGCAAAACAGCAUGCUAGCCGAUUAACGAAGGGAGGAAAUAAUAAACGAUGAAGCAACAGAAGAAGACAUCUCCUAAACGUUCAACACAAAAAAAAAACCGAAUAAUUAUCGAAAAAUCGCAUUCAGCCAACUGCACUCCAAACUAUACACAAACGAACCGUAAAUAAAAAAAGGACGAUAAACAGGAAAUGGGGUAGGGGAGGUAGGGGUGACGGGGAAGCAGGAGAAGACUUAGACACGAUUACAAUGGCCGCUGGUGCAGCACAUGAAUCAUCCAUUAGGAGUGAUGCAAAAAUAAUGAAAACACACACACACAUACAGUGUCACAGCCGAACAGGAGUUACGAUUACGUCAAGUCUAGAUUUUAAAAAUUCCAUACAAAAUAUUAAAGGAAAAAAGGAAAAACCACAUAUGAAUAUGAUGGUUAAACAAUA